AGGCUUCCGUAACCGGAAAUAGAAGCCGUGGCGUCGACCCGUCUGCUGUACUCCUGUAGUUUGUGGGUAACCGGUGGUGGAAGAUAUGCCUCGCUUUGCUCAACUUGUGAUGGGGCCUGCAGGCAGUGGGAAGAGCACUUACUGUUCCACUAUGCAGCAGCACUGUGAGGUAUUGAAUCGAUCUGUGCAGGUGGUGAACCUUGAUCCUGCUGCAGAAUACUUUGACUAUCCUGUAUUAGCAGAUAUUCGGGAGCUCAUUCAAGUAGAUGACGUGAUGGAAGAUGAUUCCUUGAGAUUUGGCCCAAAUGGUGGGCUGAUUUUCUGUAUGGAAUACUUUGCCAACAACUUUGAUUGGCUGGCAGAUUGUCUAGGACAUGUGGAAGAUGACUAUAUACUAUUUGAUUGUCCAGGUCAGAUUGAGUUAUAUACUCAUCUUCCAAUAAUGAAGCAGCUCGUGGAACAGUUGCAACAGUGGGAGUUUCAUGUCUGUGGGGUAUUUCUUGUUGACUCUCAAUUUAUGGUGGAGUCGUUUAAGUUUGUAUCAGGUGUUAUGGCAGCCCUCAGUGCUAUGGUGUCUCUGGAAAUUCCUCAGGUCAACAUCAUGACAAAAAUGGAUUUACUUAACAAAAAAGCAAAAAAAGAAAUUGAAAAGUAUUUAGACCCUGAUAUGUAUUCAUUGAUGCAAGACUCUACUGAGACUUGGAAAAGCAAGAAAUUCAAAAAGCUAACCAAAGCAAUUUGUGAAUUGAUUGAUGACUACAGCAUGGUUCGAUUUUUGCCUUUUGAUCGUUCAGAUGAAGAAUGUAUUAACAUAGUCUUGCAGCAUAUUGACUUUUCCAUUCAGUAUGGAGAGGAUUUUGAAGUCAAAGAACCAAAGGAACAAGACGACAACACUGAAGAUCCCAGUGCAAGUGAGCAGUUUUUCCAAGGUUCAGUUGCAGACUGAAGUUCCUAGACAUGGCUGAAUGUUUGGUCCAGUUAAACAUUUGGUAUUUUCAGAAGCCUUCUACCUGGAUUCCCCCAACACUUUGCCUUUCCAAUAAUUCCUAAUAAGAGGCAAUUUAGGAAUCAUGUUUGGCAACUCAACUUAUUUGCACCAUAUCUUAUGGAGAAGAGCUCAAAUCCUUAAACUGAUUUUAUACAUAUAAAGAAAAUAUUAUUGUUUGAGCUUGGUAAAUAAUUAUGUGCAGUUAACUUAAGACAAAACUUUAACUCCUGAGGAUACUUGUUCUAUUUAAGGUACAAAAAAAUUUUGGGAAUUUUUUUUAAAUUUCAGGUAGUAACUUUAAAGGCCUACACUUUUAAAAAAUAUUUGCUGCAAAAUGUGAAGGAUAGGUUUCCACUUUGCUUAAAAUCAGAAAAUGUGCAACAAAGCAUGAGUUUUUCUUAAGAAUGUUAGGGUAAAUUAAUUUUGACAGCCCACAAAAUGAAUGAUUAUCAGGAAUUUUACACUCUAUAGUAAUUUUUAAUCAAUCUAUUAUUUUGGAAGUAAAGAUAUUACUUCCAUCUGACUGGAACAGCUUAUAAAUUGGACUUUAAAAGAAUAAUUCAUGGAAUAUGAACAUUGCUGGUUAGGCCAUCCUUUAUUGCUCAUCUUUAAUUGCCAUGGGGAAGGUGAUAGUGAGCUGACUUCAUAAACCGUUUCAGUCCAUUGGGUUAGGGACAUACUCAGUGCUGUUAGGAAGGGAGUUCCAAAUAUUGAUGCAGUGGCAAUGAAGGAAUAGCAAUAUGCUUCCAAGUCACACUUGGUGUUUGGCGUUAAGGGGUGCUUGCAGAUGGUGGUCUCAUGUGUGACUGCUGCCUUUGUCCUUCUGGGUGUUGAGGUUGCAGGUUUAAAAGAUGAUAUCAUAGCAGCUUUGAAUUACUGCAAUACAUCUUGUAGAUACUAGACACUGUAUCCACAGUACAUGUAAGAUAGUAUGAGGUGCUGGUAAAGCAGGCUUUGUCCUUCAUAGAGGUUAACCACUUCGUUGUUGAGACUCAGUCAUCCAGGAAAGUGCAGAGUAUUCCAUCAUAUACCUGACUUGUUCCUUGCAAGUGGUGGACAGCCUCCUGAGGAUGUGAGGUAUUUGUUGAGUUUCCAAUCUCUGACCUCUCGCCGUAACAAUAUUCAUGUAACUGGUCUAGUUAAGUUUGUGGUCAGUAGUGACCCCCAGAGUGUUGAUGUUGGGGGAUUCAGAGAUGGUAAUAGUGUUUAAAGUCAAGAGAUGGUUGGAUUCUCUGUUAGUAAUGGUCGUUGCCUGACACCUGUGUGAAUGUUUUGACUGUUAGCAGCCCAAAUCUGAGUAUGGUGCAGUCAUCAGCAAAAAUCCUCCCUUGUAACUUGAUAGUAGAGGAAAACCUAGUUAUGAAGCAGUUAAGAAUUUUCAGGUCGAGGAUAAUACCCUGAGGAAUUUGUGUAUUGUGGCUGUAAACAAUCAUCAUUUUCCUUUUGUGCCAGGUAUAAUUCAAGUCAGUUUGUUUGAAUGGAUUUAAGUUUCUUUAUUCCUGUCCUCAUGGUGAUAUUUGGAGAAUAUAGCUGUGCCAUGUAGUCCUGUACUCAUCACAAAAAUCACGUUCUUGCAGCUAGGUUCUUGAGCCACUUUUGUAGUGUAAAAUGAUCUGGCUUUACUCUAUGAUGAUCCAGGGAGUUAAAGACAGCUGAGAUAUGGUCUCCAUGUUUGUGCUAGUUCACGGAGUUGCCAUCUGUCUUCAAGAAGAUGAACUAAUGCCCUGAAAUAAUCAUCUAGUUGGAAAUCUAUGAAAGCAUUUUCCAAGAUAUUUCCCACUUAAGUCUAUGCAACCACCUGACAUUUGUCUCUCUGUUAAUAGAGACCAACAUAAUGGGAUUUUAUUCCAUAAGUCGCAUACAAGAUAUGUUAAACUUCUAAAGCAAAAGCUAAACAAUGAACUCAGUCAAAAAUAAAUCCAAGCAUAUGAAGGUUGACUAUGUUUAUAGAAAGUUAAAAUAACUGUGUGCGUGCGUGUGUCUGUCUAUGUAUCACUGGUGACUAAAUGUAGCUAAGGUGGAGAUCAGCAAUGACCAACUUGAAUGUUGAAAAAGGCUGCAAAUGUUGGUUUUGCCUAUUUCUAUUUCCAUUUCCAUACACAGUUCAAACAUUAUGCAAAUUAUUUUGGAUUUGUGCACUAUGGGGAAAAAAAAGCUUAAUUUGCUGUUUCUGUUCAUGCAACAGGUUUCAAAUGUAGCAUCGCAACCCCUUAGCACAUGCGUUUUGACAGUCAUCUAAAAUGAAGUAGUUUCUAUUUCACCUGUAAAAAUGUGGAAUAAAUUUGUUUUGUUACCACCUGAAACAAGUUUUACAAUUAAAGUUUGCACUGCUUAAAUAAUAAGAGCCAUCUUGUGAUCCAGUGGGAAUGUCCCUACCUCUUGUCUGAGGGGCCUGGAUUAGAGUCCCAUUUGCUCCAGAUGUGUGUAAUAACUUCUGAAUGUUCGCAAAAUGUGUUAAAGAAAAAGCUAAUUACUCCACGUAGUUUCAUAUCUCAACCUGAUGGAUGGGCACUUUAACUUAAAUGUCUCAAUUUUGGCUGGAUUGUGGAAAGCAUUCUUUCCAUCCACACAGGUGUCUCCUGGGUUAUGAAAGUUCCAUGAAUUGCAAGUGCUUUCUUGACCAGUGAGCUGAGAUAUAUCAGGGAAAUAAGUGGGAAAGACAAUUAAGGUAGAAAGAGGGACUCCUUUUCAAUUGUUUUUAAAAAAUCAAAAUACAAAUCUUUCUUUCUCAAACCUUGAUUUUAAAAUCUAAUAUUUUAGGUUUCUAGCUCUUACACAUACCACACAUGGGUCCCAUUUGUUCAAGUAUUGUAAUCCUUAUGAAAAAUACAGAUUACAUCUAUAAUUUAAGUAACUAAUUUGGGAUGAAGCUAAAUCUGUAAGACCUCAAUUUGAUGUAAUUCAGAGUCUGAAACUGAAUGUAAUCAGAUGCUGUUGAUACACUGAAGAGCUAAGGAUUAAUGAUCAAACUUCCUUUUAUAUUAGAGCAAUAUGCUUUCAAUAUAAACAGAAUGGCUUUGAAGUGCCAAGAGAGGAGAGCAUGAUUAGUCUCCUGCUUUGUGUAUCUGAGUGUAAAAUGUAAGAAAUGGUUAUACAAAGCAAUAAGUGAAAGUAAUGACGUCAACCACAAGUGAUUAAAGUUUAAUUUUGGUGGCUACUGAAAUAAACAUAGUUUGAAGAACUUAUUAAUUAUAGCAGUGUGAAAGAUAAUGGUUAUUAAAGCCAAUUGCCACUUUUUUAUUUAAAAGAAUCUGGUAAGUUGAAUCAAAGUCUUGUUUUGAGUAGCAGUAGUUCUGGAGUUUUUAAAGUUUUUACAUGAACAAACUGUUUUCAAAGGAUUAAGAAACAGCAAUGUCAUGAGUUCUUUUACCUGUAUCUUGACUUGAUUUAUUAUUGUCACAUAAUACAAUGAAAACUACUGUUUGUGCGCUAACCAUGUUGGAAAAAUAUGAUUAAUGAACUAAAGGAGCAAGGUUUUUAACAUUUCUUUAGAGGACUUAAAAUUAAAAGCCUUUUAUCUACCUGAACUACACUAAAUGAGCUUGUUCCAAUAUCAAUAGUUUGUGCUUACUCCAGUUGUAUUCUUGUGAACCAGGGAAAGAAGAAAGUUGACUGGUUGAAUGUUAACAGGUGAUAUUCUCAUGAUGAUCUCUACCUCUUCCUUCUCCCCGCUCCAUGUUCCUUUUAAGCAAAUCCACAUGUUUUUCAGUAAGUACGUUGUAAUAAAUGGAUUUCCUUUAAAGCUCA